GGGGGCGGGGAGUCCUUCCGCUCUUAGGAGGGGCUGCAUUGCAGGGGGAGACUGGGCGGACAGCCUCAGUCAACGAAGAGGGAGAGGGAUUGAGAAGACAAAGCCGUUGCUCCCCAACACCUGUCUUCCUCUCCAGCCCAGAGCAGACCCCAGAGGCCCCAGCCAUCCCUGGCUCUCCGUCUUUGGAACACGCUAGUAAUUUCUCAAUAGCAGGAAGCUAUGAGGGACCCCGUGAGUAGCCAGUACAGCUCCUUUCUUUUCUGGAGGAUGCCCAUCCCAGAACUGGAUUUGUCGGAGCUGGAAGGUUUGGGUCUGUCAGAUACAGCCACCUACAAGAUGAAGGACAGCACCGCUGGCAACGGGACCGGGCAAGCAGCUGGAACAGAGAAAAACCUCGAUGGCGACACUCUCCUUGAGUAUAGCACCUUCAACUUCUGGAGAGCUCCCAUUGCCAGCAUCCACUCCUUUGAACUGGACUUGCUCUGAGGCUGACCUGUCCCUCCCACCGGCUUUCCCUCACUGUCUUGCCUUUCAAGCCCUCUUCCCUUCCCAGCCAUUUCCCACUUGAACCUUGUCCUUUCUCCCUGUAUUGUGUUGGUGGUGCUGAUGAAUCUGCCAGAGUUGAGUUCUAUUUAUUUACCCAUUUACUCCUGUAUUUAUUUAUUUAUUUAUUUAUUCACUCAUUCACGUAUCUAUCUGUGAAUGUUUCUCUCAAGCCACAAGGCAAAAGCAAAGGCAAUGGGGGUAUUGGCUCACAGGGAUUCUUCCUUCUAGCCUCACAUGUGAACUCUAGAAAAAAGCAGGCUGUGCAGGGAUGCCAGGGAGCAGUACAGUAGUGCAAUAUGGGAAACUUUUUUUUUUAAAAUACCAUUUGAUCAGUUUCAGCGAUUGCUCAGACUUGCUUAACUUCCUGCUCCAAGCCAGCGAGCAGAGAGCCCUUCAAGAAUUAUUGCAAACCUGGGGAAGUUUAAACCUGAAGAUGAUCUGCUACCAAACAGGAGGUUUUCUACAAGGCUUUUUUUGUUUUGUUUUUAUCUUGCUCCUUCUUGUAAUACACCUUUUGUGAGAAACUAGGAGCAUAUAUAUAAACACACAUGUAGAUCAAGAGAAAAUAAUAUGGAAAAUGGAAAUAGGGAAACAUAUUCUAUCACUUCAGAAAUAGUUUUUUCUUUCUCCAAAAGGGUGUUCCUUCUGUAGGCCUACUUGAUAACUUUACUCUUAAUGAACGGGUUGAAAGCUGUGAGGGAGACGAGAUUGCUAAUCUCCAGAUGCACUCUUGCUGGGUGUUACAAUCAUCUGUAAGGUUUUGGUCAUCUUCUGCGUGGUCCUUCGUGGUUUGGUCUGCCCUCCUCCAUGUGCACUCUGCAGCGGUCAUCAGCGGGCCCCCAGCACAGUGCUGACCCCGCCCGUCACCAUGAAGUAAAUGACUUUACUCCUACCCUGCGCCUGUCCCCAGUCCUCCCAGCGCUACUGCGACCCAUCUGUGCUGCUAUUUACUCAUUUAUUUAAUUAAAGACAUUCGCUCCCA